AUGGCCGAGGGUAUCAAUUGGACCCGUGUGCUCCAACUGGUCAACCUUGCUGGAGCGGCACAUCUCGUAGGAUAUCAAUAUGGCAGCGACAAACUCGCCAUGCACAGCAUCGUGCAGCUCCGAGAUAAGGACCUAAUCACCGAGCUAUGGUUCCGAGGGUGGGACUUCGGCCGGAAGUACGGCCCCACAAUGGUGACCGGCACGGCGGCCGUUUUCGGUUUCCUUGCUUGGAAAGACGGCGCCGAAAGCCCUGCAUUUAUCUACAACCUCGCCGCGGCCGUCCUCAUGGGGUCCGUGGCGCCAUACACCCAGUUCAGGGUGUUUCCCGUCAACGACAAGCUCCUCGCCGAACACGAACGAAUCGUCAACUCUAAGAAAAAUGAUGGUCCCGGCGGUGGCGCUAGCCUUGAGGAAGUCCGCGGAUGGGCUGCCGAUUGGAAGAGACUGGAUAUGCACAGGCAAAUACUGGAGGCUUUUGCCGUUGUGGCGGGUAUUAUUGCAGCUUCAAAAUCGUAA